CCCCACGCAGCGGCCGCAAAGCGCUCUCCUGUCAGCGCGACCGUAGUGACGAGCAAAAUGUGCGACAGCGCCGUGUGGCGGCGGAGAGAGAGAAGACGGCGGUUGGUAGCGGAGACACAGAGCAGCUGCAGGCCUCGGAUCUAGCGAUAGGGACGAGUCAGCAAAACCCGGAGGAGACCCCGUCACUGAAGCCUCGUACAGGCCCCCGGGGGCCCCAGCUGGAGUUCAUGAUCUGCUAGCCGGGCUCCCUUCACUGACACCCACUAAGAGGCUAUCCCCGGGGUGACAUGGCUUCCAACACGGACAGAGAGAUGAUCCUGGCGGACUUCCAGGCCUGCACCGGCAUUGAGAAUAUAGAUGAAGCUAUCACACUGCUUGAGCAGAACAACUGGGACUUAUUAGCAGCAAUAAAUGGCGUAAUACCACAAGAAAAUGGAAUCUUACAGAGUGAAUACAGCUCAGACACUAUUCAGAAUCCUGUUUUUGGUCCAGCCGCCAUGCCUAACCCCUCCGUGUCCAUCGCUUCCUCUUCCUCAUCCUCCGGAUCAGCCUUUCGCCCAGUAAUUCCAAACCGGCAGGUUGUGGAGCCUCUUCCCCGUAUGUUGGAUUUCAAAGUGGAAUAUAGAGAUAAAACAGCGGAUGUAGUUCUUGAAGACAGCUGCACUGUUGGGGAUAUAAAACAAAUCUUAGAAAAUGACCUUCUAGUUCCUCCAUCCAAAAUGCUAUUAAAGGGCUGGAAAUGUGGAGAUGUGGAGGACAGUACCGUCCUAAGGACCCUUCACUUGCCAAAACACAAUAACCUUUACGUCCUGACCCCAGACUUACCGCUUCCUUCUAUGUCCAGCCAGUCAAGCUCUCAACAGGAGUCAUUAAACCAGAACUAUAUGCUGAUCAUCACUCACCGCGAGGUCAAGAGGGAAUACAACCUGCAAUUCUCUGGGAACUGCACUAUACAGGAGGUAAAAAGAAAUGUCUACGAUCUCACCAGCAUCCCCGUUCGCCAUCAAGUCUGGGAAGGUUGGCCUCCAUCUGCUCAGAGUGAUAGUAUGACGCUGGCAUCUUCAGGACUUAACUUUCCAUGUCAUCGGCUAACAGUGGGAAGAAGAACGUCUCCAGUGCAAACCAGAGAACAGUCAGAUGAGUGUACAGAUAUCCACAUGAUCAGCGACAGCGAUGGAGAUGACUUUGAAGAUGCUACAGAGUUUGGAGUGGAUGACGGAGAAAUCUUUGGCAUGAGCUCUGCCCUUCGAAAGUCUCCAAUGAUGCCUGAAAAUGCUGAGAAUGAGGACGACGCUUUGCUGCAGUUUACGGCAGAAUUCUCCUCCAGAUAUGGUGAGUGCCAUCCUGUGUUCUUCAUUGGUUCACUGGAGGCUGCCUUCCAGGAGGCGUUUUACGGAAAAGCCAGAGAUAGAAAACUACUUGCUAUCUACCUCCACCAUGACGAGAGUGUCCUCGCCAAUGUUUUCUGCUCCCAGAUGCUUUGUGCAGAAUCCAUCGUUUCUUACUUGAGUCAGAACUUCAUCACAUGGGCUUGGGAUAUGACCAGAGAGGCCAACCGAGCGAGGUUCCUCACGUUGUGUACCCGACAUUUUGGCAGUGUUGUAGCACAGACCAUCCGAUCACAGAAGACCGAUCAGUUUCCACUUUUUCUAAUUAUAAUGGGGAAAAGAUCAUCUAAUGAAGUGCUUAAUGUUAUCCAAGGUAACACAUCGGUAGACGAGCUUAUGAUGCGGCUUAUUUCAGCAAUGGAAAUAUUUUCAGCCCAGCAGCAGGAAGAUAUUAGGGAUGAGGAUGAGCGAGAAGCCAGAGAGAAUGUAAAACGAGAGCAAGAUGAAGCCUAUCGCCUGUCUCUAGAAGCUGACCGAGCCAAGAGGGAAGCCCAGGAGAGAGAAAUGGCUGAACAGAACCGGCUGGAACAGAUAAAGAAAGAACAGGAGCAGGAAAGAGAGGCUAUCAGGCUUUCCCUGGAACAGUCCCUUCCACCGGAGCCACCAGAGGAGCAGGCUGAGCCACAGAGCAAGCUGCGCAUCAGGACACCGAGCGGAGAGUUCAUCGAAAGGCGUUUCCUGAGCUCCAACCCUUUACAGGUGGUCUUCAACUUUGUAGCAUCCAAAGGAUUCCCUUGUCACGAAUACAAACUGCUCAGCACCUUUCCACGUAGAGAUAUCACCCAGUUGGAUCCCAGCAGGACUCUCAUGGAACUUAAGCUGUACCCUCAGGAAACACUUUUCCUGGAAGCCAAGAAAUAAGUUUCCCUUAGAGUGGACUUUGAAAGCAGUGGAGGGGGUCCUGCUGCAUCGGAUGAAAGAAAAUCACUGUCACCUCCCCACACCCGGCGUGCACACAUGCAUCAUAGGAGCGAGAGCCGUAACAGACCUUUGCGGAGGCUUUUAGCCUGGGCAGAAGAUCAUCACCAAUACAAAUGUCCAAUACUACAAA